GAGAGCGGUCGAACUCGACACACGAGUUAUUAACCCCUAGGUUCUUUUUUGCGCCGGAUUUGUCCUUAUAAAAGUAUUUCCAAUUACCGCUGCUCUGAGCGGUAGAAUUUUACAGAGCGCACUUGAAGGCAGCAGGAGAAAGAACAGGAAAUGAGAGCUCUGUUUGGACAGACAUUUGCUCCGAGCAGACGAUCUUCUCCCUGAACCGUGAGUCCUGAGCCCGGCCUCUAGUCUCCACCAUGGACAAUGUGGAGGAGGACCUGACGUGCUCUGUGUGCUACUCGCUGUUCUCUGAUCCGCGAGUCCUGCCGUGCUCACACACCUUCUGUAAGACCUGCCUGGACAACCUGCUUCAGGCGUCUACCAACUAUUCCAUCUGGCGUCCGCUCCGCCUGCCGCUAAAAUGCCCCAACUGCCGCAGCGUGGUGGAGCUGCCCCCGAUGGGCGUAGACGCUCUGCCCACCAACGUGUGCCUGCGGGCCAUCAUCGAGAAAUACCAGAGCGACAGCGCGCCGCGACCCCCUUCCUGUCAGGAGCACCACAGGCAGCCUCUCAACAUGUACUGCAUCCAGGAUCGGCAGCUGAUCUGUGGGCUGUGUCUGACUGUCGGGCGGCACCAGGGCCAUCCCAUAGAUGACCUGCAGGCGGCAUUCAUCAGAGAAAAACCGACCCCGUCGCUACUGCUGGCCCGACUCUCCGAGCAGAGAUGGGCACAGGUGUGUGAGCUGGGGGAGCAGCUGGAACAGGAGAAAGCCCGCUGUGAGGGUCUGGUGAGGCAGGACCGACAGGAGGUCAAUCAGUUUUUUCAGACGCUGGAGGUGGUGCUGGCCAGGAAGAGACACGCCUACCUGGAAGCCCUGGACAAAGCUGGGGCAGAGGUGUCCCGGGCCUACGACCCACUCAUUCACAAAGUGAAGGAGCUGCAGGAAGAGCAGUUGGACCUGGUGUCCUUGGGUUCAUCAGUAGAGGAGGAGGACUCACCGCUGGUCUUCCUGGAGCAGGUGCAUUUAUUCCGAGAGAGGGUGGAGGAGUUUGUUAAAACCCCUCUGCCCUCAGUGAUAAACCUCUCCGUCACCCCGCGGGCCGCAGAGCACCUUCAGCAGCACUGGCCCGCUGUGACCAUCGGGAGCCUGGAGGAAGCGCCCGUCCCUAAGGUGUGCUGCUGCGCCAGAUGCGGCUGUGUGGAGACCGGGGUGGAGGCCGGAGAGGGAGCCGAUGCGGGAAGGGGCCAGUCCGGCAGCUGGGUGCACAAGUUGUGGCCUGCUUCUUCCGUGGUGCUGGCGGGGGGGCUGCUGCUGCUGCUGGUGGCUGCGCUGUGGGUCAACCCGGUCGGGGGGGCGUCGCUCGGUUUCUCUCUGCUCUCCCAGUUGAGUCAGUUAGUCCACGGCCUGAGCAGCGACCUGGUCACGUCUCUCUGGGACACGGUGCGCGCAGAACACGCGGUGAUGGAGGCCACGGUAGAAAGAUGGAGCUCCCACCUCUCCUCAGUGGGGGAGAAGGCCUUCCAGCAGCUGGCCGCCUUAUUCAAAACUCUGACGUUACACUGAAACGCACCAAACCGGAGCCCUCCGGUUUCAGUUAGAAGCUGAGAAGGCCUCGCUCCCUCACUCCCGUAGUCACGGAACACCUUCACCCGGUUAGUUUAAACACCGCCAUUGCUACUGCCCUGGCAAAAGAGAUCUGCCAAUGACUACAUUCAAGGCACGUUUAGGGCAAAUUGAUUGCACAGAAAUGAUCAAUGUAAAAUUCGAUAUAACAAUAGUGAAAUGCUAAAAGUAUAGUGUAGAAAUAACGAGAGCUUUUUAAAUGCAUUGACCCUUUAGGUGAUAAUGUUAACCUGUGGGGGGACUUUUCCCUUUGGCCUUACUUCAAACAUUCCCAGUCGUCCUGGGGAAAGCAUAACCCGCAGAAUACAUGAAAGAUUUAAGCUCUUUAAAACAUUCUUUGGCACAGUUUAUGCAGCCGUUCAUCUUUUUAUGAAUU